AUGGCAAAAUCUGCAUUCUUGAAAUUUUACAAAUCUGUGCUUAUUAUUACCAUAAUUCUAUGCCAUGAAAUCCUACCGACCGAGGCAAGACACUUGAGGACUCAUAGAAAGCCAAUAAAAAACAGAACAACUAGUCCCACGACACACGGCGCCUCUGGUGGUGACUUGAGCACAACCGCCGUUAGCUCCGUGAAGAAGAGUGGCAUUAGUGAAGAGGAGGAACACGGUGUUGAUGAGUUCCGGCCAACAACCCCCGGAAACAGCCCCGGCAUUGGCCAUUCCACUAAAACUUGAUGAAUUAUAAGAUUUACCACAUGCAUAAUUUGCUUCUCUUUAUUUAUUUCUUCUCGUCUCGUAUCGAAUUUUAUUUUCUUUAAUUAUUGGUGAAAG